AUCAGCGCGCGCCGGCAGCGGAAGCGGCGCCGCCUCGGCCCGGCCGGCGCGGGCAGCGGCCGCCAUGGGCGGGGUGCGGGCGGCCGGGCGGCGGCUGCUGCGGCGGCUGCGGGGCGCCGAGGGGCUGCGGGAGACCUGCCGCCAGUACCCGCUCUCCUGCUGCCUGCUGCUGGCGCUGGGCACCGCCACCCUCCUCCUCAACCGGUAUCUUCAUAUUUUGAUGAUCUUCUGGUCGUUCGUGGCUGGGGUCGUCACCUUCUACUGUUCCUUGGGACCGGACUCCCUCCUGCCCAAUAUUCUGUUCACAAUAGAAUAUAAACCCAAGCAGUUGGAAUUGCCGGAGCUGUUUCCCCAGGGUCACAGUUGUGCUGUAUGUGGCAAGGUCAAGUGCAAGAGGCACAGACCUACUUUGCUUCUGGAAAACUAUCAGCCAUGGCUGGAUCUGAAAGUGCCUUCCAAGGUGGAUGCAUCACUUUCGGAGGUGCUUGAGUUGGUGCUGGAAAACUUUAUUUAUCCAUGGUACAGAAAUAUUACUGAUGAUGAGUCCUCAGUGGAUGAACUGAGAGGGACACUACGGUUUUUUGCAUCUGUCUUAGUUCGGAGAAUUCAUAAGGUGGACAUUCCAACGGUUGUAACAAAGAAGAUGCUCAAGGCAGCAAUGAAACACAUUGAAGUAAUAGCCAAGGCCAGGCAAAAAGUAAAAAAUGCGGAGUUUUUGCAGCAAGCUGCUUUAGAAGAAUAUGGACCAGGGCUCCAUGUUGCUUUGAGAAGCCGAAGAGAUGAACUUCACUACUUAAGAAAACUUACUGAACUUCUUUUUCCUUAUAUUUUGCCCCCAAAGUCAACAGAGUGCAGAUCCCUGGCCCUUCUCAUUAGAGAGAUUCUCCCUGGUUCAGUUUUCCUUCCCUCAAUGGAUUUCUUAGCUGACCCUGAUACUGUCAACCAUUUACUGCUCAUCUUCAUUGAUGAUAGUCCACCUGAGAUAGCAACUGAGCCCACUUCUUCCUUGGUUCCAUUCCUUCAGAAAUUUGCUGAGCCAAGAAAUAAAAAACCGUCUGUACUGAAACUGGAGCUAAAGGAGAUCAGAGAUCAGCAAGACCUUUUAUUUCGGUUUAUGAACUUCCUGAAACAGGAAGGGGCUGUCCAUGUGCUGCAGUUCUGCCUAACUGUGGAGGAAUUCAAUGACCGAAUUUUGAGACCGGAACUAUCAGAUACUGAAAAAAUGUCUCUUCAUGAUGAAGUACAGAAAAUUUACAAAACUUACUGUUUGGAUGAAAGCAUUGACAAGAUCAGAUUUGACCCUUUUAUUGUGGAAGAGAUUCAAAGAAUUGCUGAAGGUCCAUAUAUGGAUGUUGUGAAACUUCAAACUAUGCGGUGUCUUUUUGAGGCUUAUGAGCACGUCCUUUCUCUGCUCGAGAAUGUUUUCACUCCUAUGUUCUGUCACAGUGAUGAGUACUUCAGACACCUUUUAAGAGGAGCAGAGUCACCAACCCGCAAUUCGAAGUUUAACAGAAGUAGCCUGAGUUUGGAUGACUUACGGACCACACAGAAGAGAGGAGAAUCAUUUGGAAUCAGCAAAAUAGGGAACAAAAUCAAAGGUGUAUUCAAGAGUUCUGCAAUGGAAGGAGCUAUGUUGCCUAACUAUAACUUAAAUGAAGGAGAAGAUGAUUUUAUUGAGGAAGGCGUUAUGGUGAUGGAAGAUGAUUCUCCUGAGGAGGCUGUUACCACCCCAAAUACACCCCGCAACCUUGCUGCAUGGAAAAUCAGCAUCCCAUAUGUUGAUUUUUUUGAUGAUCCCUCCUUGGAAAGAAAAGACAGAAAGGAGAGAAUUCCUGUAUUCUGCAUUGAUGUAGAGAGAAAUGAUAGGAAGGCAGUUGGACAUGAACCUGAACACUGGUCUGUCUACAGGAGAUAUCUUGAAUUUUAUGUGCUUGAAUCAAAGCUUACGGAAUUUCAUGGUACAUUUCCUGAUGCUCAGCUUCCCUCAAAGAGAAUCAUUGGCCCCAAGAACUAUGAGUUCUUAAAAUCCAAGAGAGAGGAAUUUCAGGAAUAUCUGCAGAAACUUCUGCAACAUCCAGAACUAAGUAACAGCCAGCUUUUAGCUGACUUCCUAUCCCCUAAUGGAGGAGAGACUCAGUUUCUUGAUAAAAUGUUGCCUGAUGUGAAUCUUGGUAAAAUCAUAAAAUCUGUUCCAGGAAAGCUGAUGAAAGAGAAAGGUCAGCAUUUGGAGCCAUUCAUAAUGAAUUUUUUCAACUCCUGUGAAUCUCCCAAGCCUAAACCAAGCAGGCCUGAACUUACCAUUUUGAGCCCCACUUCUGAAAAUAACAAGAAGCUUUUUAAUGAUUUAUUCAAGAAUAAUGCAAACCGGUCUGAGAAUACAGAGAGACGACAAAAUCAGAACUACUUCAUGGAAAUGAUGACUGUAGAAGGAGUCUAUGACUACUUAAUGUAUAUUGGUAGGGUAGUUUUCCGCAUUCCUGACUGGCUGCAUCAUCUCUUGAUGGGAGGAAGAAUUCUCUUCAAAAAUACACUGGAACUCUACACAGACUAUUACUUGCAUAACAAGUUAGAACAGCUAUUUGAGGAGCACCGGCUGGUUUCCCUGAUAACACUGCUGAGAGAUGCUGUGUUCUGUGAGAACACUGAGCCUCGCUCUCUCCAGGAUAAACAGAAACGAGCAAAGCAGACUUUUGAAGAAAUGAUGAGAUACAUUCCAGAUUUGAUAGGCAAGUGCAUUGGGGAAGAGGCUAAAUACGAAGGCAUCAGGCUUCUCUUUGAUGGACUGCAGCAACCAGUGCUCAACAAACAGUUUACUUACGUUCUGCUGGACAUUGGGAUUCAAGAACUCUUUCCAGAGCUGAGUAAGGGUCCAAAGGAAGCAAGCUCUAUGUCAAGUUGGAUGUGAGUGGAUACCCAGUAGGAUCUGCUGUGCACUGUUGUAAUGGACAUGUGAAAUUUUAACAUUGCUUUGUAUAUUUUGUUGUAAAUAACAUAAAAUUUAAGUUAAAAAAAUACCUCUAUGCAAUAAAGACAUUAAAAUUUAAUACAAAUUGCAAGUAAAUAAAAUAUCUAUACUUUUUAUUUAAAAUUUGUUUUAGCUGUUACCAGUAAAAGUCUAAUUAAUUUCACCAAAAUCUCUCAGUGUAUGAAACUACCGGAUGACAUCAAAAAAGACAGCUGGGCGAUCAGCCAACUUACACUUUGCUAAAAGAGCAAUUACUGGGUGUCUUCCUGAAAGGAUAUGUAGAAAAAUUGCUUGGAAGACGUUGUAGAGUGCUCCCAUUAAGUUAUUUUAAAAUGUCUUAACAAAAGUAUAUUAUUGAAUCUAUUGCAUACAAAUAAUUAAUCUCAGAACUGUCUUUAAACCUUCAUAUUUCUGUGAGCUGGAAUGUGAUCUGGAAAAUCACAUUUGUAAUUUAGUCUUUUUAAUACCUGACCUUCAAAUCUAAAGGCUUCUUAAAAUAAUCACGGAUGUGAAAAGUGGUUUUGACUUUCAACUUAGCUUUUAUUUUUCUGCAGUUUCUUAUCUGGCUUUGUGGGUUUUUUCUGACAUCCUCUUUACAGACCUAGAAAAGAGGAUGUGAGUCUGUUCACAGCAUUUUAUAAAAAUCCAUUCAUAUGAAAAUGUGGAAGGUUUUUCUCUGUAAAUCUUAAUUUGUUGGCCUGGCCUUUAUAAAAGAGAUUUUGAAAAGGACUUUUAUGUAAACUUUUAAGUUUUACUCACAGAAAAUACAGA